AUGGCAAACAGCUGCUGUCCAGCAAACCCCACAGCUGCUCCAGCUGUGCCCACCAGCUCUACAUGCUUCGAUGGUCACAGCAUUAGAAAUGCUAUCCGUCUGCCCAGCUCCUGCCGGAGUAGGACAUGGCAACUGGUCACGCAUCAAGAAAACCGCAAACGACCCAACAGUGCCCCAGUUAGCUCUGAACCGGUUUCUUGUCCACCAACCUGCUUUCCAGAAACUUCCUGCGUGGGUUUCCUUUGCCAACCCAUAGGUUCGCACACGGCCUGCUGUGCCUCUAACGCCAGCGGGGCUCCUCAUCCAGCUGCCUCACCCCAGCCCUCCUGUUUGGAAUCUUCUGUCUGUGAUAACAGCCCUGGCCACCAGGGCUCUGGACCUGACUGCACGUCAGGGUCAUGCCAGACAGCAUGUUCCCCAUCAGGCUGUGACGAUAGAUCCUGCCAGCCGCCCUGCUCUGAAGCAACUUCCUGUGUUGAGAGUCCAUGCCUACCAGCCAGCUGUGAGGCUACUUCAUGCCAGCCAACCUGCUGCCAAGGAGGGUCACAGCAGCCCAUCAAAGGUGAAGGUCAGCUCUGCAAGUCAGUUUAUUACCAACCGGUCUGCUAUGUUCUCCAGCCCCGCCAGCCAGCCCCCUGCCUGCCACUAACUUGUAUGUGUCAUUGCAGUCAAAUCUGCUGUGUGCCCUCCCCUUGCCAGCCACUCCACUGUCAACCAGCACCUCCAGUCUCCUUCAUCUGCCAGCCCGUGGCUCCCUGCCAGCACCCCUGUUUUGUAAAGAGCGGCAGUAAAUCACGCGCUAAGAUUUCUGGCCAACCGACUUGUGGCGGACCCACGUCCAAUGGGAGUGGCUGCCAUUCUCCUCCCUGCCAGCCCCCCUGCUGUGUGACAGGUGUAGGCAGACCUUCCAGCGGUGGUCCCAGCUGCCGUCCACCAACCUCUCCAAAUGUCUGCCAAGCGGGCACCUGCAUGCCCACUUCCUGA